AAGACUCUCGCACCAAGCACUAGCGAGCGGAAAGCGGCACCCCGGAGCCUGCUCAGCAGCAGCCUCCCGCCCACGCUCCCUCAACCAUUCACUCCCCCCCCCCCACGCCCCCUCCCCAGCCAGUCACACAGCCCACGGCGUCCCGGCAUCUCACUACAGCCCCCCCCCUCCGAGCCGCCCGCCCAGACGCUCCCCCCAUUAUCCCAGCCCCCAAACACCCCUCCCCCACCGCAAACUCCCUCUGCCCGCCCCCAGCCCCACCGCUCUGCUCCCCUCCGCACGCGCCGCCCCCGACCCGCGACCACCGACAGCCGCAGCAGCUCGUGGCUGGCCAGAGCCCGCCGCCGGAUGCUCCGCUCGCCCGGCUGGCGCUGAGCUCCGCCGGACACCACUCGCCCGGCUCCUGCCCGCCACAAAGGAGGGAAGAAUCCCGAGGAAGCGACGCGCCUCCCGCGGGGAAGAAGCCGGGCAGCGGGUCGGUCCGGAUGCGGUGAGCGCCGCGUCGCCUCCGGGGCAGCCUUAGCGGAAGGAAGGAGAGAGAGAGAGAGAGAGAAGCAGGGAUCGGGCACCGGCAGCCACCACCAUGGGCUGCUGCACCGGGCGCUGCACGCUCAUCUUCCUCUGCGCGCUGCAGCUGCUGGCUGCAUUAGAGAGGCAGAUCUUUGACUUUCUUGGCUUCCAGUGGGCUCCUAUUCUUGGCAAUUUUCUACAUAUAAUAAUUGUCAUAUUGGGUUUGUUUGGAACCAUCCAGUUUAGGCCUCGAUACAUAGUUGUGUACACGGUGUGGACUGCCCUCUGGGUCACCUGGAAUGUUUUCAUUAUCUGCUUCUAUUUGGAAGUAGGCGGGCUUUCUAAGGAAACUGAUCUCAUGACCUUUAACAUUUCAAUGCACCGUUCCUGGUGGCGAGAGCAUGGGCCAGGCUGCAUACGGAGAGUGGUGCGCCCUUCAGCCCCUGGGAUCCUAGACGAUUACUCCUAUGUCUCUGUGACGGGCUGCAUCAUUGACUUCCAGUAUCUCGAGGUCAUUCACAGCGCCAUCCAAAUAUUACUGUCUUUGAUUGGUUUUGUGUAUGCCUGUUACGUGAUCAGUGUUUUCAUGGAAGAAGAGGACAGCUUUGAUUUCAUAGGCGGACUUGACACAUACUGCUAUCGGCAACACCCUCUGGAACAUGUUGAGUUAAAGCCUGUAAAGCGCUGUCGAACUAAGUAAUGAACAUUGACUCAGCACUGCUGCUGUUGCUGAAGAAACAGACUUCAGAAGAAAAGACCAACUUUGUGAACCGUUGUCACAGAAGAGACAUGUCCUAUAUUUCUCACAGAGUGUGUGGAUUGCUCUUCCCACGUGUGACUGAAUCCUUCAGUCGCAGCUUCAGUAUCAUUAUCAGCAUUGCCAUUAGAUGGAUACUUGUAGAUGAUCUUGGAUUUUUUAAAUUAUUUACUUAUAUGGACACUUGUAAAUUGUAAAUUGUUUUCUUUUUUUAAUUUUGUUUUUUUACAAUACCUAGUGUUAAGGCAUGAAAACAAAUCAACCUGUGAAAAUUCUGAGAGAAGAAUGUGUGUUUCUCAAGAAACUCAGUAUUUCUGGACUGAUACAAUCAUACUGUGCCUGACAAAGAUAGUGUUGGUAAAUGAUAAUAUGACUCCAGAAUACGUCAGGGGUUAGACACCUAUAUGGACUGUCUUCAAUAAUGUAUCAGACAUUCACAAAGUCUGCACCUAAUGUUGGUUGAGCUACUGUAAGUAGUAGAAACUGAUAAAUAAUUCUUCUUUUCCAGAUGUCCUAAUUACCAAUAUGCUUGUCUAAAUAUUCCAAUUCAUAUAUGGUUUCUUCUCCCUCUUUUCGUCUCCUCCCCUGCACCCACAAACAGUAGUUGUCUGUGAGUUGAAGAGAAGUGAAAUGGAUGUUCUCUAUUGAUGUCAGUCUCCAAGAACCCUUAAAAGCAGGGCUCUUUUAGAUGUCUGUAAUUUGCACAUUUUUUUUACUCUUUUCCCCUCUUCCCAGGAAGAAGCCAAGCAUGAAUGUACAAUAUAGGCACCAUCUACAGCCUUAGAGUCUCUGGGGUGAAUUUUGUUCUUCAUUUAAAAGUAAACAAGAAGAUCUGGAUAUGAAAAUGUGUAUAAAAGUUUGUAAAAUUUUCUGUAAAUACUUAUCGAAAAAGGACAUGUAUGUAACUGUGCGGCAUUUUGUUUUAUAUUCAGUCACCACCAGUAUAAAAAGAAAAGUCAUACGCAAAAGCUAUUUUCUGUGGGGAGUUGGCAGUCUUUUUAGCAAGACUUUUUUCAUAAUUUCUUUUUUAUUAAUUACUAUUUAGAAUAUUGCAUAUGAUACAAGCCUGAGAGAGUGAAGUCCUCUGCCUCUCCAUGGAACCAGUACUCCCUCGGAGGCAGCAUCACAAGCUUCCUCAGAAAGGUCUGCCAAUCAGCCUCAAGUUUUGGAAGAAAAACCUGUAGGGCUGUUAGAGCACUUCCAUCUUUGUGCUUACUCAGUUUGUUACUUCUUUGAUGAAACUGUCAGGAGGGAUGGUAUUUGUGAUGUGCACACCUGCACCUGUCCAUUAGGAACUGGACCGAGGCCACCAGGUUCUUCCAUAUAAGCCACAAAGAGUCUUCAGAUACUAAUGAUUUCUUGUCCAUCAUCAAUGGGCUGAGGCAUACAGCCCCUCAACUAAUUGUCUUAUGUGAAGCUUACUUCACUUGCAUUUUCUGUUAUUGACAGAUUACAACUAGACUAAAGCUUGCCUUGGUUCUUUACAUUGGAAACUAUAUUUGUGCUAUUUACCAACAAGAACCUAAUCAAAAUGUCAGCAAAUACAAUGCUGUCCAUCAUUUUUAGAUUGUUGAGCCCAGAAGGUCUUGUGGUGCUUGCCCUUUUUUCACAUUCAGCUCAACCAAAGAUCACACUGUCUUUUGUGAAGAAAUAGAUCUUGCCGUAAUUUCACGUAGGCUACUUUUUCCUGAAACUAUGUACGAAACAACUGCCAAGCCAAGAACAAGCAAGAAUGACAAUGCAAUAAAAUCACGUGUCAGUAUUUUCUGUGACUAGGCAGUACAGGACAGUAUGCAGCGCUAGAAGUCAAAUAGUGCCAAAAAAGAGGAUACUUUGUGCAAAAGAUACCACAUUUCUCUGAGUCUCUGUGUUCCUCUGUUGUUCCCUGCUGCACCCUGAUGCCAGAUAUUUGGUCUGCCCUGUCUUGAAGUCCUAGUCUUCUGAGAAUGUCAAAAAUGGGUAGUUUCUCACAAAACUAAUAUGAGAACACUGUCAUUUUUGAGACACCACAGCUGGACCUCAGAAGACCAAACUGCAGAACAGUUAAUAUUUGUAAAUCACUUAUAUUUGACAAAAUGGCCCUCGGUAGAGUUUAUUGUUUGAGUGGUGUACCGGUGCGCGUGAUUUAGUUUCUUACACAUACAGCCUUACAUAACAACCUAUAAGCAUAUGAUACAGCUAACAGAUGCCUACAGCUUUCUCUUACCUAUGUCAGUGCACUUCAGAGUCGAGGAUUUUUUUGAAAAAGUUUUGUUAAAACUUGUUUAUGUGCCUGAAUACUCCACUUUUCCCCUGCUCUGCACACACAGGGGUGUUCAGCAUAUAUUCCUACAGUUCCUCCCUGCGGCCAGAGCCUUUGCCCAUCCCAGGGAGCGGCGGGAGCUGCUUUUGCUGCGGUGUUUAGCUACACAUACCCUACAUGCCCCCAGCAGCGCAGUCAAGGCCACGCCUUUGACUGCAGUGUAGACAUACCCUCCAGUCGCAAUAUUUAUCUCCUACCCUAAGUGAAGGGGAAAGCUGGUCAUCUCAAAUACCACCAGUAACAAACUCUGAAUUUUUAAUGGCAAGCACUGUAUGCCUCUCUGAGCCAGGCUGUUUAAUUUCCUUUCACUUUAGGUUUAUCUGAUUAAAAAAAAACAACCCAGCAAUCUAUCAAGGUCCUAUAACAGUGUUUGACAGUGGCAAACAAAAUUGACAUCCCAAACUAAUUGGCUUGCCUCCUUCUAGAAUUAGUCUCAUUUAGUUUAAUUAUAAUAAAUUACAAGCUGGGAGCUGUUUUUUGCAGUGAAUAAGUUUUCUUCCAACACAGCAAAAGACUCAAUAUUUACAUACCCCAUUUCUACAUACCUUCUGUGAGAAACCACUUCAGCUCUUAUCCAGCAUAUAAAAUCUUCAGCCAGAAACCGCUUGUUUAAAAGUCUUCACUCCAGAUCAUUUACAGUGUUGUUAUAAUUGUGAUAGUCCCAAAAUAUUAGAAAGGCAAGGAGGGCAAGGUAAUAUCUUUUAUUGGACCAACUUCUGUUGGUGAAGAAGAGCUCUGUGUAGCUCAAAAGCUUGUCUCUUUCACCAACAGAAGUUGGUCCAGUGGAAGAUACUACCUCACCCACGUUGUCUCCAGACCCUCAUUCAUCAUUUACGUAUUUGGGGUUAAACACUGCGAAGUUCUCAGCACUCUCAAAUCUCAUUGAAGUCAAUGGAAGUUAAUGGCAGUCAGCCAUUCAUGUCUUCCUUGUGCAUGUCUUUGCUAUAAUUUACCACCUGUUGGCUAACCUUUUUAUCUACCUUAAUAAUAAUAAUUAGUACUUAUUUGCAGAUAAACUCCAAUUAUCAAUAACUUAAACAUUUUGAAAUAUCUAAAAUUCAGAAAUAUCUCCCGAAAUCAGAAUUUUAUUUUUCCAAAAUUCUGAUCUUCUGAUGUAUCCCCCCAUAGUAUAUUAAUCAUUGUAGUGCUUCACAUGUUCAAAUUGUUUAACAAAUUAGUCUCCUCAACAGCCUUGUGAGACAGGUAUGUACGUAGUAGUAGCCUCAUUUUACAGAUGGGAAAGUUCAGGGUAUGUUUCAAGUGCAUUUAUCUGUGACAAAGACACCUAUCCAGAUGAAAUAGCAUUUAAAUAUAUUUCCAUCAAUUUGCUUUUUCAGUUCUUUCGUCCUUCAAUACUCAGUACUUCUCUGAUAUAUCUAAAUUACUAUAUAAUCUAUAUCUGUAUUGUGACAUUUAUCUGGACGAGGGUGCCAAUAACACUGUUAUGAUGCUGAGAAAUAUAGCCAUGUAAAAUGAUUCCAUUGCAUAGUGCUCAUUAGUAAGGCUGACUAUUUGCAAUGAAACCAAAGGCAGUGUACAGAGCAGACAAACUGGACAGCCUGCCUCCUGUUUUCUUCCCACAUUUCAGAGUGAGACAGAUAGAGGAGUAACAUAAAGCAAAGGAUCUGGGCUGGAAAAAACAGUAAUAAAUGAUCAAAUUUCAGGUGUAACUCCAGUGAAGUCACAAGGGUUAUAAAGGGAUGAAUUUGGCCACGGGCAUCUUGUCUGCCUUCUAACUGCAUAGAUAUUUGUAUUGAUUGUUAUUUGACAGCCUUUUCUAAGGUGUGCUCUUUGCCUCACUGUUUGGCUGACUGUUUACAAAUGAUUGUACUUUUCACUGUAAUUUCUGUUUCUUGCAUGUCCAUUAUGUGUAAUGUUUAUGUUUACAGGGGUCUUUAUUUUUAAACAAAUGAAACAUCUGGAUCUAAUCCCUACUCCCCAACUUUCACUUGCAUCUGCUCAUCAGUUCCGCUUAGCAUGACAGGAGAGCAUGCGAAGUGCUUCCUUGUUGUAGGUCUUCAGGGAAUAAUUGCCAUUGCAUGUCUGUUGCCAUUCAAGACUAGCACCAUAAUUGGGAGCGAGUACCACUAAAUAACAGCUAUGUCCCAAACACUGCUGAGAAGCCACUGAUGUUCUCAUUCUAUUGCUAGCACCACAAAGAAUUAUUGAACAGUGUAACUGACAUCACAAUGCAUGAGCUGUUUUCCCACAGUUCCCUAGUUACUUAAUUCCAAUCGUACAAAGGCAUGUUUUCAAAAUGCUUUUGGACACGUGUGUCCCAGGCUAAACCCACUGAAGUUGUUAGAGUUACACCUGAGAUUAAUUUGGCUCAAAGACACUACCAUUAACCUAUUCCCAGUUGUUACAGGAAAAUAGUGUACCCGAUCAAUUCAUGUGGUAUCAUGUUGAUGGAGGGGUGACAGCAUUUCCUGGCAUGUGACAUGCUUGAAGUAAAAGGCAUGUUAUAUGUAAGCCAAUCGGUUCAUAUGGGGUAUAAAUCAGUGCAAAUGUUGGCUCAUAGUGUUAAGUAGAAUAAAGGAUAUAUUUUGUUUACCGCUACAGAGUGAUUACAUGAAAUCACCCGUGCUGCAGUAUCUGUAGCCAAAACCAAUGCAUGGCAGUGAAGAAUUCAGUCCUGUGGCAAAUUCAGCCAACAACUCAUUUAAGCAACCACACUAUGAUAUUAGUAACAUACUAAAAACCGAGGUGAUUUUCUACCAUCUGUACACUCCCCUGAUCCUCAGGUCUGCCACAGCCCCCAGCAUAAAUCAGAGCAGACUCAGUUGCCCUAAGAAUUUAGACCCUAUGUCAGUGGGGCUGGGGGGCGGGGAGGUGGGGCUGGUUCAGGAUUCUUCUGCACUCAGGGAAUCUUCAGCUGAUGCUUUGAGGGAGCUUUAAUUUCCCCUUGCACCACUCUAGUAUGGUAUGCUCCAGCAGUCCAAAGGGGACUUAAAAAGGGAUGAGGCCCUUUACUGAUCACCAGUAAAAAAAAAUGACAUGCAUGGCUUAGUGUAAUCUAGUCACUAGUUUCUAGAGCUAGGUGCCAUCACCAGUGAGUAACCUAUACUCACAGGAUGUCCUUGAAUGCUGAAUUUUAUGUUUGGAGUCUCUGAGACCCUGGCCUUGUUUAUUCCAGCUAGCCAAAGGCAUAAGCUGCUCUCAGGAAAUGAGUUUCUGACACACUGAUGAUGGUAAAAUAUAACUUUGGUGUUCCAGCUAAAGUUGUCGCUGUUCUGGUUAAACCCCACUUCAAUCCCAUUUUUAAUCUCACCAGGUAGGAGCCUGCUGCAUAAGAUUGUUUGCUGCAGUUAAUGAAAUACACACACAAAAUUGAAUCUUUAAAAUUGUUGUUGGUUAUGGUGUGUGUGUUUUUUAACAUGGCUUUGUUCCAAGAAUUUCAAUGGCGAAGUAAUGACUAUAAAUUAUAAUAUGGAAAGGUAUAUGAGCGACAGAAUGACAGUUUGCUUGCUGUUACAUUGUACUAACUGUGCCAUCUCCUGGCUAAUGCCAGAAGUACCUAGUGCACUGUGUAUGUGUUCUGCUGAAAGUGGGGAAAAUAAAAGUAACACAUCUUUCUAGUGGCACCUGCUGAUAUAAUGCAGACAGGGUGCUGUCAGCUCACCACACAUGGUGAAAGCUUUUGUUCUUGCACUGCCUGCUUAAAGCAGAAAUACAACAAAAUGUGUAUUGCUCAUUUUGACAAUGGAACUUGUUGAGUUUUAUAGUAAAUAUAUUGUCAAUGUGAUGUUUUCUUCCAGUCAGAAUUUAUACUGUCCCAUAAAAAUAUUCACUGUGGAGUACGUUCACUAUGUGUUAUCUUGCUUUAUAGGAAAUGCGGAGCUGCUAGGUCUCCGUUAAUUGGAAGCAUAUAAUCUUAUUAAUUCCAAGCACUACCUGGCACUGCUUCUUCCAUUUCAGUAAUGAGAAAUACUCUGGAUUUACAGUGGGGUAACUUUGACUAGAUUCCAGCCAUGUAUGUAUAUAAUAUAUACACAUAUGUUAUACUCACAUUUUAAUGUGACCUGAAAGUUUUAUGGCUAGAAAUACUUAGAACAUAUUUUUACUUCUCUAAGUAACCGUUGAGUCUAGGUACAGGUCACAGUACACAAGCAGUAGCUGGAUUAUUCUUUUCCAUUAUGAAUAAAUUGUACAUUGAACUAGAAAGUGGUUACCAGCUGAACUGAUGAGCUGUGUGUGGUACAGUAUGUUUACUAAUACUUAGUUUCUCAGAGCUAAAUGAAAAACCCUGUGGCAAAAAUGUUUGUUAAGAACAGUGCUUUGACCCUGGGAGGUGAGAAACGCACUCACAAACACCUUCAAAGUCAGUGGUUUUUCCUUUACUGUCUUACGGUAAUGUACGUUCAGAUUCAAGCUGCUUAUAGCACAAAGGUUUAAGGUCCUCCUAGCUGGGCAGGAUCCUUUAUGUUCCAUCCUCAUUAUGUGGCUAGUGUGAGUUUUUUUCAUUUUGUGUUUUAGUGUGGGGCUCAUUAGUGACAUUUUUUAAAUGAGAAACAGUCCCCACUUGUUUACACCAAUUUAGAUUAGGUCAAAUGUGGGGUUUAAAUUAUUUGAUACCGUCCCUUUAGAGAGGGCUGGGGUUAUUUUUCUAAAACAAUCUUAUUGUAUCUAUUUGUUUUAGUACUUCAAAAGUAGAUCAGAACUCUUUCCCCUUUAUCUCUGAGUAGUAAUGUGCAAUACAAAGCCAUUGAUGUGUUUGGGGCAUCUCUUCCUCAUUUCUCUGAGUUGUCAGAAACAUCAAAUUCCCAAAGGAUGAUUUACCAGCCAACUACAUUAAGUGCAAAGAGAGACAGAAAUUUCUUCUUCUUUCAUGUUAAGAAUUGAUUAUUUAUUUGAGUGAAACACAAUAUAUUCAUUGGGCUGAAGGCAAAUGUGCCAUUUUUAAACAUAUAAUGUGCAAUCACUACGAAUGCUGCUUCUUUAGAUUUGUUUAAUAACCAGCUCAUGUGGGGAGCAAGGAUAAUAAAACUUUUUGAGUCAGAAUCUUCGGGGGGAGAAGGGGUGAAGGAGGGACAAAAAGAUAUACCCAUGUAUUCUUUUCCCAUUUCCAGUUUCAGAGCAGACAUUACAUUUGCCGAGAUAGAAAUGUCGUUGAAUAAUGUACUGCAAGACCAGUUUUCAUACCUUUUGAGAUUCAUUCUAUUCAUACAGCAGAUCCAUUAUAUGCCUCUCAUUCUGCUCUGUGUGACACAUAAUUAUGCAUAACAUUACUCAGGAUAUUGGAAAUGGAGUCUCCAUAAUAAAUACAAUUUCUGCUUCCAAAUUAAAUGGAGCUGAUUUCUUGGAGUCAGCUGGUAUAGGGCUGUCAAAUUCUAUUCUCUGAAGAAGCUUGUGUCAGUUAUAAUGAUGUUUAAAAAGGCUCUGAUGAAGACCUGAGUGAGUCAAAACAUUAGCAGUUAAUGGUGCCUAGAUCUAUCUUUGUCAUUCUGGAGAUGAAUAAAUAAAAGGAGACUGGACUUGGUGAAUGGGGACUUCUUACAGUACUUAAAUAGAGCAAUUACUUAACUUUACAAAGUGUCAUUAGGAAUAGAGUAGAAAAUUCAGCCUUCUUGGGUUUAGAGAUAGCAUUCGGUACUGUAUUUGUUGUAUUAGUUGUAUUAGGCAUUGUAUUAGUUGCAGAAAUAUUAAGGACAAAAACAGUGUGUUGUAUUUAUGAAGCAGCAGCAUUGUCUAAUGGUUAGAGCACAAUCUAGGGACCUAGAAUCUAAUCAUGGUUCUGAGACUGACUCACUAUAUGAUCUUAAGUUGUUUAACCUUUCUGUACGUCAUUCCUCCCCUGGAAAAUGAGGAUAAUACAAUCUACACAACACUUGCCUCGCAAAGCUGGGUUCUCAUAAUAAGCACCUUAUCCACACUCUACAUAUAUAAUGCAGCAUACUUAUUAGCCUAUUAAAUGUAGACUAUUCAUUACUAUUAUAUAUUUGUAUAGCACCGUAUUUUGCAUGUUACUUUCCAGGAUUUUUUAAAAUGGUCUUGUCAAGGUUCCUUCCCCACUCUGAACUCUAGGGUACAGAUGUGGGGACCUGCAUGAAAACCCCCUAAGCUUAUUUUUACCAGCUUAGGUUAAAACUUCCCCAAGGUACAAACUAUUUUACCUUUUGCCCUUGGACUUUUUUGCUGCCACCACCAAGCAUCUACAGAUAUAUAACAGGGAAAGAGCCCGCUUGGAAAUAUUUUUCCCCCCAAAAUCCUCCCCAAACCCUACACCUCCUCUCCUGGGGAAGGCUUGAUAAAAAUCCUUACCAAUUUGCAUAGGUGAACACAGACCCAAACCCUUGGAUCUUAAGAACAAUGAAAAAGCAAUCAGAUUCUUAAAAGAAGAAUUUUAAUUGAAGAAAAAAAGUAAAAGAAUCACCUCUGUAAAAUCAGGAUGGUAAAUACAUUACAGGGUAAUCAGAUUCAAAACAUAGAGAAUCCCUCUAGGCAAAACCUUA